AUGGUUAAAAUAAAAUUUUUUAGAUGGUUUUUAAAGAAAAGAAAUAAAAGAGGAAACAAAAAAAUUUCCAAAAGAAUUAGAAAACAAUUAAAAAACCAACAAAAACAACAAAAGUUACAAAUAUUAAGACAAAAACGAUUAUUAAAACAACUAAAUCUAAACCGAAAUCCAUCAUACAACGCCAAAUAUGACAUAUUUCCUUCAAAUUACCCAAAUGAUUCAAAUCCUUCCAAUAUCAACAGUUCUAUUAAAAACAAUAAUAAUUCAAACCAUAUUCAACAUAAUCAAUAUGAACAAAGUAGGUUGAUACAACAACAUGAACCAAAUAAUCAACAUUUAUAUUAUUUAAUUGGACCAAACAAUAAUAAUGUAAAACAUAACAAUCAUACUAGCAAUCAUUAUAAUAAUAAUAAUUCGAGAAGCAUCAAUAAUAAUGGUUUUGACAACGAUUUUGAAAAUAAUCACAAUUCCGAAAAUAAUUAUGAUCGCAAUUUUGAAAACAAUUAUGAUCGCAAUCUAAAGAAGGACAAUUAUAAUCAUAAUAACGAAAAAGAACAAUUACCAUUAAAAAGUAAUAAUUCUUCAACAGUCUCCUUACACAACAGAGUCUCAAGAACUUUAUCAUACCUAGCAAAAUUCAAGGAUAUAAGUAUUAGAAAAUCUCGUGACUCGAAAAUCUUUUCCUCAUUAUCAUUAUCAUCAAAAAAACAAACUACUUGUCACACAUGUCAGCGAACGCUAGUUGAUAUCGGCUAUUUUACAUUAUGGUGUCAACAUUGUGAGAGUAAGAAUUUUGAAUUGAAUUACGGGACGUGGACAACUGGAAAUGAUGAUAUCGAUUGUUUCAUGUUGACAACUCAAAUAAAUGCCAAAAGUCGUUUCGAUUAUUUGGAAUGGAUUCCGUACGAUAGACUGAAAAAUAUUGAAUUUAUUGCCCAAGGUGGUUAUGGAAGUACUUAUCAGGCGAUUUGGUUGGAUGGCCCACGUGAAAAAUUUGAUAAAAAAUCAAAAACUUUUGUUCGUUGUGGUGAAUGGCGAAUUGUAUUAAAAAGUAUUGACAAUUCUGAAAAUAUAAAUUCAAAAUUCUUUGAUGAGCUCUCGAUACACUUACAAAGUGAAAAUAAUAGUGGAAAUUACAUUACAAGUGAUUGGUUGUGUAAAGUGUGUAAUAUGCCUACAUCGAAAAUCUCCAUGGAAUUUGCUGCUGCAGAUAACAUUAAAAACCAAAAGACUACCAAGCAAAUGUAUAAUGAUGAAAAUGCUUGUUAUACAAGCAGACUGUUGAAAUUUGAUGAAUUACAAAUACCAACAAAAAUUACUUUAACAAAAACCUUUGAUCCAAAAGAACUUUUGGCUGUACACAAUUACAUUAAUUUAGAACAACAAUUAAAUAAUUUAAAACAUGAAGUGUUUCAAGCCGAUAAUACUGAAAUUGCAGCUGAAGUUUAUGAAAUAUUACAAUACUGGUGA